AUGCCACCAAAGAGAAAGGCAGCCACCAGGCUGUCUGGUUUGGCGGGCUCAGACGAUGAGGACCUGAUGCAAGUCAACAGCAAUGAAGCUCAACAACGCGAAAAUGAGCGCCCAGCCAAAAAACAACGAGGGAGACCACGAUCGAAGUCUAUUGAGACCAAGGCACCCGCUCAAACAAAGCGCAAUUCUUCAGCUGCGCAAUCGCAAGUUCCUGAUCCUGCGCCCAAGAAGACAGCGCGGAGGGGACGGCCAAAGGGCAGCAGAAAUUCGGCGCAAGGCGCAAUACAAAAGACAUCGGAAGAGCAUGGCGCACAAGACGAAUCGAAACAAGAGUCUGAUCCUCAGGAGCAGGACAGUGAUGUUGCAUCAAAUGAUGAAUUAGACGAGCCGCCGGAGGCAACGAAAGCAACAAGGACUUCGAAAUUUACAAAGCCUGCAACUACCCGAGGACGACGAAAAGUCAGUGCAGGAAAGCAGAUCAAGACGGAUGGCGAAUUUGAGUAUACUCCAAGAGCUUCUAGGCAAACCAAGGCGCCUGCGGAGUCGCUGGACCAAGUCGAGCUGCCGAAAAGACAAUCCCGACGGAGUAAUCGGAAAGAAGUCGAGAAUCCCCCAGAAGAAGAAGAAGAAGAAGAAGAGCAGCCAGAGCAAUCGGAGGUCGUGGAUGAGACCAUCCUCCACGAUGAGCCCUUUGCUCCUCGGUCGGCCUCGAGAUCACCAGUGAAGGGCAGACAUUCUUUCCACCGUGCCUUAGGAAGCUCCCCUUUGAAGAAACGGCCUGGAGGUUCGACAGACGAUAAUAAGACAAGCGACCCAGAAUUAAGACGUAGACUUGGUGAAUUGACUAAAAAGUACGAUACAUUGGAGAACCGCUACCGUAAUCUCAAGGAGAUAGGGAUUGUCGAGGCCAACGCCAAUAUGGACAAACUUCGACAACAUUGCGAGGCGAUAACUACCGCUUCCAAUAAUUUGGUUGCGUCACUCAAGGCUGAGCUGGAAGCACAAAAGAAGCUCGGCCAGCAAAGCCGAGCACUACAGAAGCAGCUGAAAGACCGGGAUGCUGAAGUAGCUCAGUUCAAGUCACAGGCAGAGGAGACCAAGAGCCAACUCACUUCAGCUCAGAUCGAGAUUAAGGCUUUGCAGACCAAGCUCGCUGCUGCCCGCAAUACCACUGCCAGCCUUGAGAGUGCCGUAGCGAAAGUUCCGGGCAGCGCGAUCAAGAACAGCAAUGCUAGCCGCGCUGCAAACGCCGAAGCAGCUCAAGCAGCACAACUAGCGCAAUUGAAGGAGGAGCUGUACAGUGAUCUUACCGGUCUUGUCAUUCUGGAUGUCAAGAAGCAGGAAUCGAAUCAUCUGUAUGACUGUCUCCAGACUGGCGUCAAUGGAACGCUUCAUUUCAAAUUGGCCGUUCCUCUAGGAACAUCUACGAACUACGAGACUGCGGAGUUUCAAUAUGUCCCACUACUAGACGAGAACCGUGACCGCGAACUGGUUGAUAUCCUUCCGGAGUAUCUCACAGUCGAUAUUACCUUUGUACGCCAGCAAGCAUCCAAGUUCUACACCCGCGUCAUUGACGCACUGACCAAGCGGCGCAACUCGACUACCUGA